AUGCAGGACAUAUUUUCCUUAGUACGAAACACUUCUGGUCUCGUACUCGGCGGAGCGCCGAUAGUUGCUCAUAAAGUUGACAAAAGCCAUUUCGCGAUUAAUCCGUUUCGAAGACGAGGUUAUUCUCCGUCUCGCGAUGUCGAAUUGACACGUCGAGCACAUAACGGCACGUCAAUAUUGAAGGGUUACACAUACAUCUACGUAGUGAUUAAAUGCUUCAACAGAGCAUGCGGAGGCAUCGCGUCAAGAAACAUCCCAAGUCUUCAACAAUAUUGCACCUGCACUUCGUGUUUAUCCCCAAUGACAGGCCGGGACACUAGUUCAAUGGCAUUCAUGUCAGCCAGUGUUACGAUGCGGGCAGCUGCAUAUCUCGCGCUCCCACCGAGCUCCCGGGCAAUGGGUAAGUAG